AGCGCGAGCUCAGUCGUUUACGAGCCGUCAAGCGGACUGUUGCUACCGCCACCUGACGAGUGAACGGAAACACGGAUCGAGCGCGACUGUUUCGUCCUCUCGCUUGUUUAGACCGACUUUUUGUGCACGCGGACGAUCGUUCUCUCAAUUUUCCGAUCUCUCGCGUACGAAACGAGCCUCUUCACGAGCGAAGGGUGACGCGAUCCCGCUAACGCGGUUUUUUUUCGUUUUUCAACGUAUCGCCUUACAGUAAGUGGAGGAGGGGGAGACGGAGGAAGCGCCGCUUCAGUUCUCCGGGGUGUCGACGACAUCAACGACGUCAACUUGGACGACGAGAAUACGUGGUACGAUCUACGUGCGACGAAGGGGAGACAGCCCAAUCGACGUGACGUGGGUCGGAGUAUGUGAAAAUGGAUUUUAAGAGCGUGGUGUACAGCGCUGCGAGGGACGGCAAGCUUAAACGUCUCAAGGUGUUUCUAGAGCAUCGGGGCAAAGAUGAGGUAGGACAAUUAGUUGGUGCCAAAACCCACGGCGCAACACCGUUAGUUAUGGCAUGUCGGAACGGACAUUACGAUGUAGCAGAAUACCUCAUUGAAAAAUGCGGGGCGGACGUGGAGCAGCCCGGGUCAGUGGUUUUCGAAGGCGAGACAAUCGAGGGCGCACCACCCCUAUGGUGCGCGGCUGCCGCUGGUCAUUUGGCCCUUGUUAAACUGCUAGUGAGACGAGGUGCCAAAGUGAACUCCAUCACGAAAACAAAUUCCACGCCUCUUCGCGCUGCAUGUUUCGAUGGACAUUAUGAUAUCGUCAAGUUUCUAGUACAACAUGGCGCAGAUAUCGAGAUGGCAAAUCGACACGGGCACACAUGUCUGAUGAUUGCAUGCUACCGGGGUCACGUGAAAAUCACAAAGUUCCUACUCGCUCUGAAAGCGGAUGCAAAUCGCAAGUCCGUGAAGGGCAACACGGCGCUACACGACUGCGCCGAAAGCGGAUCCCUGGAGAUACUGAAGAUACUUGUCGAGCACGGCGCUCAGAUGGACGUGGACUCUUAUGGGAUGACGCCACUUCUCGCGGCAGCAGUAACAGGUCACACACAUAUCGUCGAGUACCUCAUAGGCAUUCCGCAACUUUUCAGCAGGAAAGAACGCAUCGAUGCGCUGGAGUUGCUCGGGGCGACAUACGUGGAUAAGAAAAGAGAUAUGAUAGGCGCUCUGCAGUUCUGGAAGCGAGCUAUGGACGAGAGAUAUCGAGGAGACGGCCCGAUGAUAUCAAAACCUGAAUUCCCGCAUCUUGUAGCUGCUUACGAUUUCGCCCGAGAGGUAGUCGAACCCGAGGCUUUGGACGAUUUGUUGGCGGAUCCAGACGAAAUGCGCAUGCAGGCACUGGUGAUCAGAGAACGAAUAUUAGGACCGGCUCAUCCGGAUACGAGUUACUACAUCAGAUAUCGCGGAGCGGUUUAUGCGGACGCGGGUAAAUUUCGUCGCUGUAUCGAGCUGUGGAAUUAUGCUCUCGAUAUGCAGCAGAGCAUGCUGGAGCCGCUAAACCCUAUGACGCAGAGCUCUCUAUUCAGUUUCACCGAACUCUUUAGCUUUAUGGUGGGUGAGGAAGGCAGACAGACAACUAGGGGUCGCAGAGUACCGCCGGUAAAAAGAGAAGAUCUUUUGAAAGUCUUCGAGAAAGCUGUUAACGAAGUGGCAAAAGGAAAGCAAAUGUUGGACAAAAUGAGCGAUUUGGCGUGCGACCGCGAUUUAACAUUCUUAAACAGAGUCCUCGUAAUUACCCUGCAUUUGGCGUGUCUGUUAACACGUGAGACUGGAGAGAAGGGUAGCGAAGAGUACAUCGCCUUACAUAAGGAGUUGUACAAGUUAGUUCGAAUAAAUGCCAAAGGCAAACAGGGUCGUGACGCGCUGCAAUUAAGUCACAGCGAAGACGGUGCUCUAGUUGGUAGAUAUCCCACAUGCAAAUUUCCAUCUCCUGAUUUAACCAAAGCUCUGCUAAGAGUAGGCGCGGACGUAACUGCCAAGGAUAAUGACGGGAACACGGCACUUCAUUUGACUGCACUGUUGCGUCCUUGGCGGCCGGUCUUAUCGAUCGAUCUGCUCGACGCCGGCGCGCAUCUCGAUGCUGUCAACAACGAUGGCAAAACAUUCGAGAUGUUGUUAUGCGAUAAGGAGCUUUACGAUUCGAUUUAUCCUCUGAGAUAUACCACAUUAGCUUGUCUUGCUGCGCGAGUGGUUAGAAAGACGCAAAACAUUAGUAGAGUACCCCAACACCUUCGCGCUUUUGUCGAAAUACAUUAGCAAUUUUAAGAAGAUGCAAAUGAAUACGCACGCGCGCAGGACAUGAGACCGCCGUUCCUGAGUGACUACGCGACAGUCAUCUCAUCCUAAUUGACUGAUUAUGAGAAAAUUUAACGAGAGUUUCAUGGAGAAGUGAUAAUUCGGAUAUUGCUGAAUCCGAUUUAUUUCUGACACUGAGACUCGUCUUUUUAUAUCGAAAUAAAGGUAAAAGAUUGUUUCGUAAAAUACAAUUCUUUUAACCAACAGAAUACUAUAUAUAUGUAUAUGAAGCACACAUGAUCCCAAAAAGAUCUCUUAAUUAUUUUCUCCGGUAUAAAACAUGUUUUGCAAUAAGAUUUUUUCAUAGAAAUUAAAGCAUUUUUGUUUACAUUUUACAAUUGGCAUGUUUUUUUA